AUGGCCUCGCUUUACCGUUCUUUGCCUUUGCUCUUGCAAUUGCUAGCCAUUCUGCCGGUGUUGGCUGAAGUUCGAUGUCGUUACAAUGCCACCGCGCCUCCAAUGGUAUCGUACUACACCUGCACGGAACUGGCUACAAAGUACGAGACCAGCCUCGAGAAGUUCUUCCUUCUCAAUCCGCUGCUCGACCCGGAUUGCACCAGCAUCCAAGCCGGGAAGCAGUAUUGCGUGUCGGGCAAUGUUGUACCGACUUCGUCGGAUGGUACAUGUAAGGCAGACUCGGGCAAAUCCUGUUUGGGGUAUCCGGGCGGACAGUGCUGUAACUCACAGACGUGGAAGUGCGGCAACACCAAGUAA